GGCUGGCCUGCAGGAAAGUGAUGUCAUCAUCAGCAUCAAUGGCGAGCGAAUCACCUCGGCCAGUGAUGUCAGCGCUGCUAUUAAACGGGACGAUCAGCUGCGAACGGUGGUGAGGCGAGGAAACGAGGACGUCAUACUUACCAUCGUCCCCGAGGAGAUCGAGCCCUGACCUUGACCAUCACCUCAACAACCCGACCAGUUGACCAAUCCCGAGCUGGCUCUCAGUGUUUUUCAACCAAUCAUGAACGCUUUGAAAAACCAAGCAACCAAUCGGGUUGUGUUUGUGUCCGGGCAACACAAUGAAUAAAGACCCUGUAAUACCUCUCGUCUUCUCUUCAACCCUGAGAACGGAAGCCCCGCCUCCCUGCCACCAUGUUAGAUAGAGUUCUUCUUCUGAUGUCACCACAGGUCGUUUAUGUUCAAAGGCGCCGCCUUCAGGUCACUUCUGUUUCUCUUUGGAACUUUUUUCCAAAGUGUUUUUGUCUUCAAGUGUUUUUUUUAAAAUAAAAUAAAAUAAUUUGUUUAAAAUGUUGUUU